AUGUCGACACUCACCACGCGCCGUGCGCACUCUACGCAGUCUAAGGGCAAGGGGCCCGAACGCGGCACGGAGUCGCACGACCAUGAACACGAGCACAGUCACGACGCCCACUCGCAUACGCACUCUCAUACGCACACGCACUCCCACGGUUUCUUCAGGUCUCUUGUGCACAGGCAUGACCAUAGCGACGAUGGACACGCGAAGGAUCCGGAGCAGAUUGUGCAGGCAUUGAAGGGAGAAGGCGAUCGAGGUAGCAAGAUCACAUUGGUCGGCCUCGCCUCCAAUGUAGUCCUUACAGGCGCGAAAGGCGCAGCCGGCUGGUACAUGAACUCGGCCGCGCUCCUCGCGGACGCGGGUCACUGUCUGGGCGACCUCAUCGGAGAUUUCAUCACGCUGUUCAGCUGGCGUCUCUCCCGCCAGCCGCCCUCGGAGAAGUAUCCUUAUGGGUACGGCAAGUUCGAAGUCCUUGGUACAACCGUUGUCUCCAUCCUGCUCACUGGGGGCGCGCUCGGCAUCGGGCUCCACUCGUGGACCUUGCUUAUGGACGUCCUGUCGACCGCGACUGUAACUAUGGGCCCGGGGCCCUUGCACGAUGUCCUGGCGCGAAUACUUGACGUUGCGCAGGCUGUGCCCUCGAUCGCGGCGGAGCAUGCGCACGUCCACUCACAUGGUCAUGAAGGACAUGGAGAUGGGCUGCUGGACCCGAACGCGGCGUGGUUCGCGGGGGUGAGCGUGGUGGCGAAGGAGUGGCUGUAUCGCAUCACAAAGCGGGUUGCAGACGAGGAGCGGAGCCCGGUCCUGCUCGCGAACGCGGUGCACCAUCGGAGCGACGCGUUUGGGAGCGCGGUCGCAUUCGUCGCGAUCCUAGGCAACUGGUGGUUCCCUCACUUGCCUUUAGAUCCGAUAGGAGGCCUCAUCGUGUCGGUGCUCAUCUUCCAACAGGGUUGGGGGCUGCUCAAGACUGCGUUCCGCCAACUUACCGAUGCAGGGGUCUCGCCCACGACGAAAGCAGUUCUGUUCGACGCCCUCCGCCCUCUCCUUCCCUCUUCCUCCCCUCCUGAUGCUAUGCUCUCGGACGGGCAGUCACGACCUACCACGCAGACGCUUUUAGGCAUCAGCGACCUCCGGGCGAUGCGCACUGGGGCGAACAUGUUCGUCGACCUCACAGCGCACGUGCCCGCGCAGCUGAGCGUGAAUGAAGCGACGGCCAUCGAACAGCGCAUCCGCGACGCGCUUGUGAAGGCGCGAAGGGACGUGAAGGAGGUGAGGGUGCGGUUCCGGGCGGUCGGUUCGGAGGAGGCUUGA